AUGGCACGUCUUACUCUGUUUCUGUCCUUUUUCUCCAUAAUAUAUUUGAUCUCUGCCGUGAACUGUCGUGUUUUAAGUUCUUUUUCUGAGAAGAAAUCCAUCUUUGCUUCCGAUGGAACUCAAGACGGAUCCAGCUAUGAGUAUCUUACUCUCGAUCCGCCAAAUCACGUUUCCAAGAACGCUUGUGUUCAUGUCUACGGGUUUCUGCCAUGUGCAGACAAUGUUGCAGGAUAUGUCUUCCAAGUUUUCUCCUUUGGUUGUCUAUUGAUUAUCGGUGAAAACUUCUUGUCUGAAGGAAGGACUAAGCUCUUUGUCAUCUUCGAGGUCGGUUUUUACGGCGGAAUUGUGUUCCCUCUCCUUACAAUGUUCACAAGAAUAGCUCUUAUUCUCUCGUCUGGACUAACGGGAAGCCGUGAGAUUGCAAACUCAAUGGUGGAUAAUAACGUUGGAGUUACUGUAGCAUACACUGUCUUUGCUUUGACUAUGCAGUGGGGAGCUUGUGUUGUCUUUGGUUUGUCUGGUAUAGGAUCAGACCAGUCCAUGAGAAAAGGAGAAGUCCAGAGAAUCACUUCUGACACAAUGAUUCCAAGAGGACAACACAUAAAGAAGAUCGUCGCUGAAGCUAGCGUAAAAGCAGAUCCUAAGAACAAGAGAGCAGCAGGGAUCAUGCUCCUGACUUUGUUGCCUUUCGCCAUGGUCACACUUUCAGAGAUGUUUGAUUCUAAAUCUUGGAAAGAUCGUAUAGUUUUGAUAACCCUAAUAAUCUCUGGUUCUGCAACUGUUGUCUACUUUCUUUAUUCGGUAUAUACCAUGAGCAACGUUCCAAGAUCCAUAUGUAUGAUAAAUUAUAUUUUUUUGUGCCAAGUCUAA